AUGUCACCGUCGCCACCCCAACCUGCGACCGCGGAGAGUGGCUACAUCACCCAACCGGUCCCACUGGAGAACACGUACACGACGGACACGAGUCUACAACGAGCGCUGAAAUGGUAUCUCCCUGAGGCUACGCUUCGAUCGGUGGAACCGCACUUCACGCAGCUCGGGGCUGAAGCGAUAUCCGAGCGUGUCCGGCGGUGGAGCGCGGACGCCGAACGAAACCAGCCCUAUGUCAAGAGCCACAAUGUCUGGGGUCAACGAUACGACUAUGAUCGGCUCGUCACCACUGAGGGCUGGGAACAACUCGGGAAGUGGGGCGCUCGCCAUAAGAUUGUUUCCGCCGGAUAUGACUCUGCUUUGGGUCUGGAAAGAAGGACGGUUCAAUAUGCACUAGGAUUGAUCUCGGAAACUGAUGACCACUGGACCUCCGGUCAGUGGAUGACAGAGAGAGCGGGAGGAAGCGAUGUUCACAACACCGAGACAUGGGCAACCUACUCUCCACUGCCCAAGCCGUCAGCCUCCGACUCCCUUGGCGAUGGUGACUAUCUGAUCAACGGGUUCAAGUUUUUCUCGUCCGCCACAGAUGCCAAUGUCGCGCUGGUUUUGGCCAAAACCCCGUCUGGGAAACUGAGCACUUUCCUGGCACCCCUGCGAAGGACCAUUGUCGGAAGUGACGGUGUAUCCCGAGAGAUCUCAAAUGGGGUGCGAAUUCACCGUCUGAAGAAUAAACUGGGCACCAAGGAACUUCCCACCGCCGAGCUGGAGCUCAAGGACAUGAGGGCUCAUCUGGUGGGAGAAGUUGACCAGGGGGUUGUCACUAUUGCACCUCUCCUCAAUGUCACUCGCAUCCACACCUUUAUUGGCUCCCUCUCCGGCUGGCGCCGCGCUCUUAGCAUUGCUAAGAGUUUUGCAAAGGCCCGAACAACCGUGGGGGAGCCCCUGUGGCUCAUUCCCAUGCACCUGCGCCUGCUGGCAGACCUGGAAGUUAAGCAUCGGGGUGGCAUGAACCUCGGCUUCUUUACCGUGGCCGUUAUGAGCUUGGUGGAGAACCGAGUCACCCAACCUUCCGUGCACACCCACCUACCUCGCCCAGGCCGGGAAGCUAAUGUAGUGUUUCGCACUCUCACAGCCACCGCAAAGGCUGUGAUUAGCAAGAUGGCCAUUUUGGGCAUCCAAGAGUGCCAGGAGGCCAUGGGCGGUGUUGGUUACAUGGAUGAGGCGGAUGAGCCCGAGUUCAACAUAUCCCGGAUCCUGCGCAACACGUCUGUCAAUUCGAUCUGGGAAGGAACAACGAAUGUCCUGGCCAGUGAGAUGGUUCGCUUCCUUCUCAAAGCUGAUAAUAUGCAGGUCUUUGUAGGAUGGAUGAACCGCACGCUGGCGUUGAUCCGCACCGCCACUCUCCGGAAUGCUCUCAGUGCCAUGUGGUCUGCUCUACGGGCACGCUUCUCCCCCAGAACCAACCGCCUACAACCAUUCUUGCCGAUGCACGCCGACCCAGUGAGUAUGGAAAUUGCGCGUCGGUGGAUUCUUAGUGCCGAAGGCGGCGUUGGGGACAUGGUAUUCCAUGAUAUUGUCACAGUCCAGAAGAACGCUAGUCAUGAAGAUGGCGAGAAUCAUCUUCAGUGGGAUUGUAGAAUUGCCUGGGGUAUGGAGCUUCCGACUAACCGGGCAUCGGGGCAUCGGUCGAUGCAGAGCGCCAGCUCCAAGCUCUGA